AACCCCGGGCUCCGGGUAAAGUUUCAUGCUCGGCACGUGACUCGCCAUGGCCGCUGCGCUCUCCCCGCGCCCCUGAGCCCAGCGGCGCGGCCCCCGUCCCGGACUCUCCCCCUCCGAGGUCCCGGAGCGGAGCCUUAGCGGAGGACUAGGAGGAGGGAGGGAGGGGCCCGGGCGCGCCGCGCCCCGCUCCGCUCCGCGCGCAGACAGACGGACCGCUUCUCCUGCUGCCAGCAACAGAAGACAUGGCUUCCCCAGCGGCACUGGCGGCACCGGAACUCGUCUAGAUGAGGAUACCUGGCCUGGUCCUCUGCCCAGCUGCCAGCCGUGGUGGGUGCAGGAAGCUGCCGCAGCCCCCGCCGACCUGAGCAGCGGCCCCCAGCCGGGCGGUGGCUCCAGAAGGCCAGGAUCGCCCUGUUGGGCGCUGCCCUCUUCAGCUGCAGGACAGGAAGAGGGGGUGGGUUAUCGCCCACAACCCCUCCCAACUCCAAGCCCCAAUGAGCUGAGAAGGGGCAGCCAGAAGCCCCUCACGCCCUCCUAGCCGGACUCUCCGUGUGUGUCUCUGACUCUCAUCAGGGCAUGGCCAGCAAUAGCAGCUCAUGCCCGACGCCUGGGGGUGGGCACCUUAAUGGGUACCCGGUGCCUCACUAUGCCUUCUUCUUCCCUCCCAUGCUGGGCGGACUUUCUCCACCUGGCACCUUGACAAGCAUCCAGCACCAGCUUCCUGUCAGUGGGUACAGCACUCCAUCACCAGCCACCAUUGAAACUCAGAGCAGCAGCUCGGAGGAGAUUGUGCCCAGCCCCCCCUCACCACCUCCUCUCCCCCGAAUCUACAAGCCGUGUUUUGUCUGCCAGGACAAGUCCUCGGGGUACCACUAUGGGGUCAGUGCCUGUGAAGGAUGUAAGGGCUUCUUUCGUCGAAGCAUCCAGAAGAACAUGGUGUACACAUGUCACCGAGACAAGAACUGCAUCAUCAACAAGGUGACGAGGAACCGCUGUCAGUAUUGCCGGCUACAGAAAUGCUUCGAAGUGGGCAUGUCCAAAGAGUCUGUGAGGAACGAUCGGAAUAAGAAAAAGAAAGAGACACCUAAAGCCGAGUGUUCCGAGAGCUACACGCUGACCCCUGAGGUGGAGGAGUUGAUUGAGAAGGUUCGAAAAGCCCAUCAGGAAACCUUCCCUGCCCUCUGCCAGCUUGGGAAAUACACUACGAACAACAGCUCAGAACAAAGGGUCUCCCUGGAUAUUGACCUCUGGGACAAGUUCAGUGAACUCUCCACUAAAUGCAUCAUCAAGACUGUGGAGUUUGCCAAGCAGCUUCCCGGCUUCACCACUCUUACCAUUGCUGAUCAGAUCACCCUUCUCAAGGCUGCCUGCCUGGACAUCCUGAUUCUUCGGAUCUGCACGAGGUACACACCAGAACAGGACACAAUGACCUUCUCAGAUGGGUUGACCCUCAACCGGACGCAGAUGCACAAUGCAGGUUUUGGGCCCCUCACCGACCUGGUCUUUGCCUUCGCCAACCAGCUGCUGCCAUUGGAGAUGGAUGAUGCUGAGACUGGGCUCCUCAGUGCCAUCUGCCUCAUCUGUGGAGACCGGCAGGACCUGGAGCAGCCGGACAAGGUGGACACGCUGCAGGAGCCACUGUUGGAGGCCCUCAAGGUCUACGUGAGGAAACGGCGACCCAGUCGACCUCACAUGUUCCCCAAAAUGCUGAUGAAGAUCACGGACCUUCGAAGCAUUAGCGCCAAGGGAGCCGAGCGAGUGAUCACGCUGAAGAUGGAGAUCCCAGGUUCUAUGCCCCCUCUCAUCCAGGAGAUGCUGGAGAACUCAGAGGGACUGGACACUCUGAGUGGACAGCCGGGGGGCGGCGGGAGGGAAGGGGGCGGGAGCAGUCUGGACCCGCCGCCAGGCAGCUGCAGCCCCAGCCUCUCCCCCAGCUCCAACAGAAGCAGCCCGGCCACCCACUCUCCCUGACCCGACCCCGGCUCUCCCCCCUGCGGAAACACGGACACAGCCCUCACCCCACAACCUGGCUUUCUCUGGCCGUCAGAAAGAAACCACCACGAAACACGACUCCCCUCUCCCGGCGCCCGCCCCCCAGGACUGAAGGAGGUCCCUGCGCCUCGCCUCGAGGGGGCCUGGGGUCGGGAUGGAAGGAGGGAGCCGAGUCUCCUCCCCCUUUCCCUACAAUGGACUUACUUAACCGC